AUGUUACAUGAUGAUUAUUCAUCGGUAACAUCUGAUUUAGAUACUCAUACUGAUCAGAUUUACCUAAGCGUCGUGUUCGCACAUAGUAAACUUGGUGCGGCAUUCUAUGAUUCAUCAUCAGCUAUCAUUUAUUUCAUUCCCGAUGUUGAAGAAACAUCGCGAUUCGAUAUUACUCAACAGAUUUUAACGGAUAUUCAACCGUCAAUGGUCAUUUGUUCAGCGAAAACGAGUGAUGAAUUUUAUAAAGCAUUAAAUGAUCAUCUUAAUAUUCAAACAAUUGACGAAAAUCAAACAAUUACGAAUGCAAAACUACAAUUGGUUCCACAAGCUUAUUUUCAUAAAGACACUGUUGAACGGACGAUUCUAACAUUAAAAUCACUCUAUCCAUUGUCAUGUGAUACUGACGAGAAAAAGCGAACGUACAUUUCAGCGAAAAUGCCGUUUAAUAUUCCGAAUACAUUAAGUGCCAUCGGUGGUCUCUUACCGGUUAUCGAAGAGCGAUGUCCAGUUCUAUCAUACGAAUUUGAUUUUCUCACAGGAAAUAUUCUGGCUUUACGUCCAUAUGAUCUAAAUGCUUUCAUGAUUGUUCAUCCAUUCACAUUUCGAGCAUUGGAAAUUUUCAAUCCUACUGUUCAUCCAUCGAUAUACAAAGCAAAUACUGCAAAUAACCUUCGAGAAGUGAAUAGUCUCUUUGCCUUUCUUAAACGAUGUGUGUCAUCAGUUGGUAGUCGAAAGUUAAGAUCUUGGUGCUUGAAGCCGUGUCGUUCACCAGACGUGUUAGAACGUCGUUAUGAUGUCAUAGAAUUCUUUCUCAAUCCAAAUCAACAUGAACUAAUGCGAAUGUUACGUGAACAAUUGAAAUCGAUUGUGAAUAUUCCCGCUUUAUUGCGAAAAGUGUUUGAUCAAAAUACUAAAAUCACCAUAUGGAAACAGAUAAUUGAAUCUUUACGAACAAUACUUCGAAUUCGAAUGGCAUUAGUAUCAUUUCGAAUGAAUACUUCCUUUUUCAAUGAUCUCUGCACAAAACUGACGGAUGAUUUACCAAAACUGUUAAAUAUUAUUGAGACAAGUAUUGAUUUACAACGAAGUGUUCGCGAUAAUCGUAUCGUUUUCAUUGAUCCAACCGAUCCUGAUCUGGAACAAUUACGUCAAGAUCUCGUUCAAUUAAAUAUCAAACUUCGUCAACAAACUGAAUAUGCAAAUAACCUGCUAUUACACUGUGGAAUAGACUCCAAUUACGCGUUAACGCAAGACAGUGCGACAUUGCUAAUAAAAGGUGAAAAAUUUGAUCAUGACGAUCUGAUUUGGAAUGAUCGACAAGGACAGACAUGGCGAUGUCGUACUUGUGAGAUGAACAUGACGAUCCAAGAAGCAGAAGAAAAACGAAAACAAUUGUUAGCAAAAGAAUUCAAUAUUCAACGGAAUCUGUCAUUGGCUCUUCGCGAUGGUACAGAGUUGUUCGUUGAUGCAACAGAACUGUGCUCACAGCUUGAUUGUUUGCUGUCAUUUGCUUUGAUUGCCUAUGAACAGAAUAACUAUACACGGCCUGAGUUAUUAGAAAAUAAUCAAAUCGAAAUUGUUGAUGGAAGACAUCCAUUAUUACCAGCAAGUACGGUUGUUCCGAACAGUUAUAUAAGCGAUGCGCAUCCCGAUAAGACGAACAUUCAUAUUCUAACUGGAUUUAACUGUUCUGGGAAAACAGUUUAUAUAAAACAAACUGGAUUGCUUAUCUACAUGGCACAAAUCGGAUGUUUUGUACCAGCUAGUAAGAUAAGACUUGGUUUAAUGGACAAAUUAUUCGUAAAGAUUCACACAGAUACACAUUUAACAAUGGGCGUAUCGAACUUCUUGCGUGAUCUAUUUGAGACAUCGUUUGCUGUCGCUGGUGCAACGGGUCGAUCGUUGGUAUUAAUCGACGAGUUUGGUAUUGGUACAAAUGAAAUUGAUGGGACAUCGUUAUUGGCCUCGUUGAUAACGAUUUGGUCGAAAGCGGAGCAAGCAUGUCCACAUGUUGUUAUUGCUACGCAUUUUCAUGAUCUUAUUCAACAACGUUUGAUCUCUACGAGUUCAAAAAUUCAAUGCAAAACGAUGGAAACGAUGUACGAUGAUGACGGCAAACUUGUCUAUUUAUAUCGCGUGAUCGAUGGUCUGUGUACUCGCAGUCAAGCAUUUAGUGCUGCAUUAACUGCUGGCUUACCGGAAACUGUUGUUCAUCGCGCAAAUGAAUUACUCGGUAAAAUUGAAAAUAAUCAAAUACUUCAUCCGAUUCGAAACUUUGCUGAUAUGGAAGAAAUGGCUGAUCUUGUUCAACGAGCAGUACAAGUUAAUAUAAACGACACCGACCAAAUUACACUUUUCUUCCAACAUUUAAAUCAUAUCAUCACUCAGUGUAGUAAAGAAUGA